AGUCUCGGCCUUCACUCGCGAGGCGCAGCACACAGAGCGCUUCUCGUGCAAGGGCCCGCGGCCUUGGAAAGGCGAGGGGUUCGCAGAGUGCGAGUUCGUUAGGCAAAGUGGGGUACAAGGCUAGCUCGGGCACUGGCAGCCCAUGUAGGUCGGGGACUGAUACCCUAAAGCGGGCAGGAGCGCGGAUGAAAAGCUGCGGAUUGAGGGUAGAACAACCGCCCCUGCCAUCCUGAACGAGCUCUGGAUUACUACCCAGUCUCUGCGGGGAGCUGAUUAUCGCCAUUCCCCUCCCCCCACUCUGGCGGCCCUGCAGUCUGUUUCGACGCCAGGACCCGCGAGGAGACGAUGAUGCUGGGAGCAGAAGGCGGAGAGGGCUUCGUGGUGAAGGUCCGGGGCUUGCCCUGGUCCUGCUCGGCGGAUGAAGUGCAGCGGUUUUUUUCUGACUGCAAAAUUCAAAAUGGGGCUCAAGGUAUUCGUUUCAUCUACACCAGAGAAGGCAGACCGAGUGGCGAGGCUUUUGUUGAACUUGAAUCAGAAGAUGAAGUCAAAUUGGCCUUGAAAAAAGACAGAGAAACUAUGGGACACAGAUAUGUUGAAGUAUUCAAGUCAAACAACGUUGAAAUGGAUUGGGUGUUGAAGCAUACUGGUCCAAAUAGUCCUGACACGGCCAAUGAUGGCUUUGUACGGCUUAGAGGACUCCCUUUUGGAUGUAGCAAGGAAGAAAUUGUUCAGUUCUUCUCAGGGUUGGAAAUCGUGCCAAAUGGGAUAACAUUGCCGGUGGACUUCCAGGGGAGGAGUACGGGGGAGGCCUUCGUGCAGUUUGCUUCACAGGAAAUAGCUGAAAAGGCUCUAAAGAAACACAAGGAAAGAAUAGGGCACAGGUAUAUUGAAAUAUUUAAGAGCAGCCGAGCUGAAGUUAGAACUCAUUAUGAUCCACCACGAAAACUUAUGGCCAUGCAGCGGCCAGGUCCCUAUGACAGACCUGGGGCUGGCAGAGGGUAUAACAGCAUUGGCAGAGGAGCUGGUUUUGAGAGGAUGAGGCGUGGUGCUUAUGGUGGAGGCUAUGGAGGCUAUGAUGAUUAUAAUGGCUAUAAUGAUGGCUAUGGAUUUGGUUCGGAUAGAUUUGGAAGAGACCUCAAUUAUUGUUUUUCAGGAAUGUCUGACCACAGAUAUGGGGAUGGUGGCUCUACUUUCCAGAGUACAACGGGACACUGUGUACACAUGCGGGGAUUACCAUACAGAGCUACUGAGAAUGACAUUUAUAAUUUUUUCUCACCACUCAACCCUGUGAGAGUACAUAUUGAGAUUGGACCUGAUGGCAGAGUAACUGGUGAAGCAGAUGUUGAGUUUGCAACCCAUGAAGAUGCUGUUGCAGCUAUGUCAAAAGAUAAAGCAAAUAUGCAACACAGAUAUGUAGAACUCUUCUUGAAUUCUACUGCAGGAGCAAGCGGUGGUGCUUACGAACACAGAUAUGUAGAACUCUUCUUGAAUUCUACAGCAGGAGCAAGCGGUGGUGCUUAUGGUAGCCAAAUGAUGGGAGGCAUGGGCUUGUCAAACCAGUCCAGUUACGGUGGCCCAGCCAGCCAGCAGCUGAGUGGUGGUUAUGGAGGUGGCUACGGUGGCCAGAGCAGCAUGAGCGGAUAUGACCAAGUUUUACAGGAAAACUCCAGUGAUUUUCAAUCAAACAUUGCAUAGGUAGCCAAGGAGCAGUGAACAGCAGCUACUACAAUAAUGGAAGCCGAGCAUCUAUGGGCGUGAAUGGAAUGGGAGGGAUGUCUAGCAUGUCUAGUAUGAGUGGUGGAUGGGGAAUGUAAUUGAUUUUGAUCACUGACUCUUGGUCAAAAAAAAAUUUUUUUUAAACCCCUCAGUUUAACAGUUUUUGCAAUCCAUCCAGCCUUGUGGUUUUAUGCCUGCUGUCUUAAGUGAACAUUGGCAUCGCUCAAAGAAGGUUCAAUGUUGAACAUAGCAGUCACCUAGGAUGAUAGGGCAAAGUUGAGUGAACUGUAACUGUUAAACUUAAUUCCUAGCUUUUCUCUAGUUACUGUAGGAUGUACGUAAGCAGUAAGUGUAUUUAGGUUAAAGCAGUUGAAUUAUGUUAAAUGUUGCUCUUAUACAUACAUGAACACUGUUGAUGCAUGUUGAAAAAACAUGCUUUUUUGUAAAACUAUAGGAGCUGCGUCUACAAUUAAAAGUAAAACAUUUGGCAUGUUUGUUAAUUCUAAAUUCAUUUGAUAACCUGUAAGGCACGUGAGUUUAAAGCUCAUUUUUUAAGUUAAUGGAGAAAUUUUUGAGACGCAAUACCAUUGCUUUUUAGGAUUUUUGGUCUUGGUGUUUGUAUGAAAUUCUGAGGCCUUGAUUUAAGUCUUUCAUUGUAUUGUGAUUUCUUUUUAGGUGUAUUGCGCUAAGUGAACCUUGUCAAAUAAAUCUUCCUUUUAAAAG